AUGAUUUCAAACCACCGCCCACAAAGACCUAUGAGAAGUGGAAGGCUCUUCUUCAGAACGUACUCUUCCAGAGGAACCAGGCUACCUUCUCUUGGAACAACAUUGCCGAAAUUCUCGUUCCCUGAAUCGACUGCGGACAUCAAAUCCAUCACCUCGUCUUUGGACUCACUCUUGAACUCGUCUAAAGAUGUCACAAUAUAUGGACAUCUCAAUAGAAAGCCCAGAAAAAUGUCAGUUAACACCUUUGGUGAGCUUAGAGAUCACAAUGGAGACUUGACGCAGAUUAUUAUGACCCCUCAGCUGACGUCACUGGAGCUCAUUGAAGAGUUGAGAAGUGGGAUACCUGAAGAUUCCAUCUGUGUCACAGGGAAAGUCCAGCUUAAAGUGCCCAAAGCGGGCGAAGAGCACUUAAGGAGCUGGGAGUUGAUUGUGGAGAAAUUCCAGGUGCUCAAUAAAUCAAACGAAGCGGCCUCGCAGUUGGACAAAUUAAAGCAUUCCAACCCUGAAAGCUUACCACCUCAUUUACGCUACUUGCAAUUGAGAACGCCAAAGUUGCAAGAUGCCUUGAGGAAAAGGAGCCAAGCUGCCAACGUAGCUCGCCAGACUUUGAUAGAGAACCAUAAUUUCGUGGAAAUAGAGACCCCACUCUUGUUUAAGUCUACUCCUGAAGGUGCAAGAGAAUUCCUCGUCCCUACAAGAACUCCCAGCAAGUUCUACGCAUUACCACAAUCUCCACAGCAAUAUAAACAGAUAUUGAUGCUGUCUGGAUUCACUAGGUAUUUCCAGAUUGCUAAAUGCUUCAGAGAUGAGGAUCUUAGAGCGGAUAGACAGCCUGAAUUCACACAGAUUGAUUUGGAGAUGAGUUUCAUAAGCGACAGCGAUCAAGUUGGAGCUGUGGUUGAAGAUGUAGUGAAAAGCAUCUGGGAGAAAGUGGCAGUCAAACCAAUAUACAGGCCAUUGGGCGACGACUUGUUGGAAGAAGUGAAGAAAACUGAUAAUACCAACCUGUUGUCAUUCCCCAAGAUUUCAUAUAUUGACGCUAUGACCAAGUAUGGAAUUGACAAGCCAGACUUAAGAUCUACAUUAAAGUUUGUAGAGUUGUCCAAAAUUUUCAAAUCGAGCAACUCACGCUUUCCGAUCGUAGAAGCAUGUGUUCUCAAAAAUGCUCUCAGCAAUGGAACUAAGAUCCCACAUAGCUUUAAGGACAAUAGUAAGUAUCCCGGAAGAAAGCCAAUAGUCAUUGGCAUUAGCACUGAAGAAUUGAAAACUGGCUGGUUCGAAAAGUUUAUCGAGAAGGGUGUGCUACAAUUUCAAGAGGGUGCCAGUCAGGGUCAAUUGGCAGAAGUGUUAAACGUUGAAGUAGGUGAUAUUCUAGCAUUUUCCACCAGGGAGGAAUUACCGUAUGAGAACCCAACUUCUUUAGGAAGGUUCAGACAAUUGGCUAUCGAAGAAUAUCCCAACCAUUGGCGCAGAAAGAUUAAAGAAAGCUCAGAUGGAACGAUAAGAGAGGUCCAGGACCCAUCUACUUUAUUCGUAGCCAGUUGGGUGGUUGAUUUCCCAUUGUUUAACCCACCGGAAGAAGAGGGAUCCGAACGCCUUCAAUCGACGCACCAUCCAUUUACCAUGGUAAAGUUGGAGGAUUACAAAUUACUUGAAAGUGAUCCUUUGAAAGCACGAGGUGAGCAUUAUGACUUGGUCAUUAAUGGUGUUGAAGUAGGAGGGGGUUCAAGAAGAGUUCAUGAUCCGGAGUUACAGAUGUUCAUCUUGAAACUGUUACUCAAGAUUGAAAAUCACGAAGAGCUCUUCGGCCAUUUGAUUCAAGCUUUGAGCAUGGGCUGCCCACCACAUGCUGGGUUGGCUUUAGGCUUCGAUAGAUUAUGCUCCAUGUUGAUUGGGAGUAAUUCGAUUAGAGACGUCAUUGCUUUCCCAAAGAACCAAGCUGGCGCAGACCCAAUGGUCGAAAGCCCUACAUCUGUUCCAGCCGAUGUGUUAGGCAAUUAUCAUAUCAAAUUAGAGGAGAGCAAACAGUCUUAG